AUGGUGCAGCCGGAGCAACAUAUCGUCUACGCCAUUCACGAGUAUGCGAUCCCCGGCAGCGGUUUUUUGCCGCUCAAGGCAGGGGACGUCCUGCACGUUGAUGAGGCCGACGCAAGUGGUUGGUGGCUUGGCACAAACCUCCGCGGGCAAAAAGGCGUCUUUCCAUCCACAUACACGCUCCCCUAUGUCUUUCCCCCUCCCGCGGAGGACAUUCUGCGAGACAUGCGGCUGAUUCUUCUGGGCCACCGGUUUGGGGUGGAUGUGGCCAGUGGAGCGCCCCUUCCGCUGCUUGAGCGCUUUGAGGGACACGUGCGCGAUGACGAUACGCCCCCGCCACCGCUUGCGUGUUUGCGCACGAACAUGGAUGAGCGCCUUCUCGGCCGCGAAGCGGCGCGCGCGCGAGUGAUGGAGCUGCUCUCUCAGUUAAUAGGGGCCCGUGCAUGCGAGCAUGAGGUGCGAGCGAAGGCUGCGCAAGCUUUCGCGGCCCAGCAGCAACAGGUGGCAGAACGCCAAGCCGGCCUGAGGGAAAGGUUCGCGUCACUGGAGGCGUCGCUGUGUACACUUGCGGGAUGCAAGACGGCGCUGCUGCAAGCGUGCAUCGUCCCGACCUUCAGGUGGUACGAGCAGUUCCAUAACCUGUCUGUGGUAGCGGCCCCGUCGUUGGAUUCGCUUUCCUCUGAGGGGGCAUGGCGUUCCUCUCUCCAGGAUGUGAAACAUGUAGUGAAGCGGCAAGAGGAGGAGCUGACCCGCCUAUCCACGAGCUGUGCGCACCAGGAGGAUGUCUUUGCACGGGCCUCGUCGUCGCUGCAAACGCGCAUUGAUUGGCGGGACGGAAAUGUCGCUCGCAUGCUGGCUUACUGGGCGGACAAGGCAAACACCGUGAAGACCGCAUACACGGCCGCCAAGGUGGAGCGCGACGCUGCCGAGGCGAGGCUUCAGCUGGAGGCCGUGCAACUUCGCCAUCGUCUGGAAGAGGGUCGCGAGCGAUUUGUGGAAACAAGAGAGCAGUACCGACAGUUUAAGCGGUGCGCGGAGGAAAUUGCCGUGGCGCUGCAGCGCAAAGACUCACUUGACCACCUGUCGCGUCAGAUCGCCGGAGCUGACGCCGCCAUUGCGAGGCAUCAAGAAAGGCAACGCCCUCACCCGGCUGCUGUGGCAUAG